CUUUACUUCCAUCACUUUGUCCUCUUUCAUCAAAUACCCACCUCACUCACCACUCAACAUCUCUUCGUUCAUCACUCUCUUUCCAUUCUUCUUCACCCCACUCUUCUUUGUCUCCUCUGCACUCCCCCAUCCUCAUCUCUCUUCGAUGACCUCGAUAGUCAAGGUCCUCCACGACCGCAUUCUCGACAGCAUCGACUCUGUCCAGCCCGCUGAGCGAUACAAGAUCGUCGUCCUCGAUGCAAAGACAAACAAGAUCGUCCUCAGUGCCUGCAAGAUGUUUGAUAUCAUGGACAGGAAUGUCACCUUGGUCGAGAUGCUCGAGAGUAACCGACAGGCAUAUACCUCCCUCGAGGCGGUCUACCUAUUGACACCCUGCGUGGAGUCUGUUCAACGGCUCAUGGACGACUACCCCAGUGAUAGUCCUACAGGCAAAUACAAGGCCGCCCACGUCCUCUUCACAGCUCCGUUGGAGGAUCGCUUGUUCGAACGAUUGACCAAGUCAUCCGUCUCGAAGUACAUUAAAUCGCUUAGGGAGAUAUUUAUUGAUUUUACAGCCAUUGAAUCGCGUGUGUUUUCUUUGGAAUCGCCUUCGAGUUUUUAUACCCUCUAUUCUCCAUCCAAAAAGAUGGAGCUCGCCUCAGAACUAGACUCCAUUGCUAAACAGCUGGUUUCCGUAAUUGCGACAUUUGGUGAUUAUCCUUCGAUCCGAUAUUUCCGCCCUCCAGAGGCAUUGGAUGGAAAGAGAACACAGUCCAUGAAACUGGCCAUGCUACUCCAGAGCGAACUCGAGGCGUACAUGAGAUCGAAUCCAGAUACAGCGGGAAGACAGCAGGGACAGGGAACGAUAUUGAUUCUGGACAGAUCGAUCGACGUGACAGCAGCAAUCGUACAUGAGUUUACGUACCAGGCAAUGGCCAACGAUCUCCUGCCAAUCGAGGACGGCACCAAAUACACAUACGACAUUGAGGGAUCCAACGGCCAAACCGAACAGGUCUCUGUUGUGAUUGACGAAUCUGACCAGGUAUUCAUGGACAUCCGCCAUGCGCAUAUUGUUGAAACCGCUAGUACCCUGACCUCAAAGUUCAACAAAUUUGUGGAGGAAAACGAGAGUCUCAGAGGCGACAAGGACAAGGUUGCAUCUCUCAGAAACAUGAAGGACCAACUCGCAAACUUGCCCCAGUUCCAGGACAUGAAGGCGAAAUAUUCGACUCAUAUCCACAUGGCUCAGCAGUGCAUGAAAAUUUUCGAAGAGUGGAAGAUCAACGAGGUUGGGUUGAUAGAACAGCAGCUCGCAACAGGAGAGACCACAGAUGGACAUCUGCCUAAGCAGGUUCUUGCCGACAUGGUUCCACUGCUGGACGACCCCAAAGUCAGCCCGAUGGAUAGGAUGCGGUUGCUGAUGUUGUACACGAUCUGUCGCGAGGGUCUGCGUGCUGAGGAUCGUGAAAUGCUAUUUGAUCAUGCAAACGUCUCUGAAGGCAACGCGGAUGCCAUUCGGAAUCUUGGGCUUCUUGGUAUCAAUGUGGAAAGGGGUGGUAAUAAUCCAAAGACAAAGAGAAAGCCAUUCUAUGUUAGGAAACGGCCGGAGGACGAGGAACAGCCUUACGACUUGUCGCGAUACAUCACCAAGGCUAAGAAGGUUGUUGAAGAGCAUAUCAAUGGCACACUGGACCCCGGCCUCUAUCCUUACACAACAGAAGCACCCAUGGACGCAGGCGAGGCGACAAGAUCACUUCGCAAAACUCCUCAACCCACAUGGGAGAAAAAGAAGCCAAACGUGAAGGGAUCGCGGCUCCUGGUGUUCAUUGCAGGAGGAGUUACCUAUUCAGAGAUCCGCGCUAUGUAUGAACUCUGUGAGUCUAUGGGUCGGGAUAUUGUCAUCGGAUCCACCCAUGUCACUACACCCAGACAGUUCAUGCGCAGCAUGCGUCACCUGGCCAGGGGCCCGCCUCGUCCCACAGCACCUGUCAUUCCUCCUUACGAGCCAGCACCUUCACAGCGACCAGGACCUCCGUCAUCCAGAUCAGCACUGGCUCCAUUGAAGCCAUCCUCAGGAAGAUCAGGCCAACCUGGACCACCACCUGCCUCACCCCAUCGACCGAUCACCCCCGAUUACAGAUCUGCCCCUGGCGCCAACGGUGGCAUAAGGACAAUUCAUAAGGAUGCAUCUGGUCGAUUUGUUGCGCCUCCUGGACCGCCUCCAUCUCGUUCACCUGCAUCUCCGGCAAACUAUCAAGGCCAACCAGGACCUGGAGUAGAGACAGAAAAGAAGAAGGGCAAGAUGUUUGGUUUUAUUUAAUUUACUAAUACUAAUACUAAU